UGAGUCCCGAGCGGCUAUUUCAACUACUGGGCUACUAGGUGUGGUGUCUUCUGCAUCUUUAUGAACCUCACCGAACUUUCCAAGUGGCUUCCCUUUUAAUGGCUGUUAAUUCCGUUAUCCCAUCAGAACUACGUCAAUUAAGAGCUUGCUUAUUAUGUGGUCUAGUGAAAACUCUUAACCAAUUUCAACUAAACGGAUGCGAAAACUGUGAGGACUUUCUAAAGAUGCAAGGAGACCGAGAAAAGGUAUACGAAUGUUCUUCUGCUAACUUUGAUGGUUUACUUGCUAUGAUGUCACCAAACGACAGUUGGGUUGCAAGAUGGCAGAUGAUUGAUAAACUUACGCCGGGUGUUUAUGCAAUCAGUGUCUACGGAUCUCUUCCUAGUGACAUAGUGCACUAUUUACGAAGCAAAGGGAUUUCUUAUCGAUCACUAGACAAAAGUGGUAAAUAGUACCUUCCUCUGCUACAUGCAUUCAGCGACGUGGACAUUGGAUGACGUCUAUUGAACUUCUUCAGACAAAACCUUUUUAUGAGAUCAACCUACCAGUUAUCUUCAUGUACAAAGUAUUUUCUCGAAAAAAGCAAGAUCAAACUGUAAAAAUACACCAUUCUUCUGAACAACUGCCUUAUGCUAUUAGCAAUUAAACCUUUGCUUAGUAAGUUUGACUUUUCUAUAAAAACCUGCUUUUUUGUUGUUCAAGUUAGUUAAACGCAG